GCGCUCGCGGGCCCCGCGCAGCGGCGGCGGCGGCGGCGGGGAAAGAUGGCGGCGGCCGCCCCCGAGCAGCAAAGCUCUAACGGCCCGGUGAAGAAGUCUAUGCGAGAGAAGGCUGUGGAACGCAGGAAUGUUAAUAAGGAGCACAACAGUAACUUCAAAGCAGGAUACAUCCCAAUUGAUGAAGACCGUCUCCAUAAGACAGGGUUACGUGGCAGGAAAGGCAACUUGGCCAUAUGUGUGAUUGUUGUUCUUUUUAUUUUGGCCGUCAUCAAUCUGAUUAUUACCCUGGUUAUCUGGGCAGUGAUAAGAAUUGGUCCCAAUGGUUGUGACAGCAUGGAAUUCCAUGAGAGUGGCUUGCUGCGGUUCAAGCAGGUGUCUGACAUGGGCGUUAUCCAUCCCUUGUAUAAGAGCACUGUGGGAGGGAGACGGAACGAAGACUUGGUGAUCACCGGCAAUAAUCAGCCUAUUGUAUUUCAGCAAGGAACAACCAAGCUUAGCGUGGAAAAAGACAAAACUUCUAUCACCAGUGAUAUUGGCAUGGAAUUUGUUGACCCACGAACACAAAAUACUUUGUUCAGCACCGACUAUGAAACUCAUGAGUUUCAUCUGCCAAAUGGAGUUAAAAUCUUGAAUGUACAAAAGGCCUCUACAGAGAGGAUUACCAGCAAUGCAACCAGUGACCUAAACAUAAAAGUUGAUGGUCGUGCCAUUGUCCGGGGGAAUGAAGGUGUUUUCAUCACAGGCAAGACAAUUGAGUUUCGAAUGGGUGGAAACAUGGAACUUAAAGCAGAAAACAGCAUCGUCCUGAACGGAAGCGUGAUGGUCAGCCCGACGCGGCUGCCGAGCUCCUCCUACGGGGAUCAGUUCAACAACGGCAACUGGCUGCGCUUCAAGCUGUGCAUGUGCGCCGACGGGACGCUCUUCAAGGUCCAGGUCACCGGGCACAACAUGGGCUGCCAGACCUCUGCCAACCCCUGUGGAGCCACGCACUGAAACAGCUGUUCCUGGCACGGGCCUCUUGGUGUUUACAUAGAGCUAUAGGAAGUAAUUGCAUGCCUUCCAGGGUUUCUUUUUUUACAGCGGUUUAUACUAACAUUUCUUACAUGGUAUUUUUAAGGAAAGGCUGUUACGGUCAGCAAUGUUAGGUCAUCGUGCUGUUAGCUGCAAUGGUGGCACUGAAUCUGUAAGCUUUCAGUGUACAUGCAUACUGAAGUACCUUGAAUUGGGAUCAGUAGAAUAUAUGUAAAGAACAUGAUCUUGGCAACAGCUCUACUGCCUACAGUUGUCUCUAGGGAAGGUUUUUGUCCUACGUCUCAAGUACUUCCACAGGAAUGUCAACUUCUUGUUGGAAAUAGAUUUUCCUAGGAUGGCUGAAGUGGCAGACUUUUCUUUCUUUUUGAUACAUUAAUUUACCCCAAACUUAGGUGGCUUACCAGAUGUGUACUAAGAGGGGUAGUGGCAGAUUCACUUUAAAAUAUCGCAUUAUUUCUGCCAUGUAUUCGUUCUCACGUUGUUAAAAAAUUAUGCUAUCAUAAAUAAUAUUUGCAAAGUAAUACAGAGUAUGGAAAUUUAACUUGCAUUUUGAAGUAGUCUUGUGGUUAUUGAAGUGUUGCUUGAACUUCCAUUCUAUCUGCAGUUAAUGCAUUCUGCAGUUGCUUAAUUUAUGUGAAGUACUUACAAAACGUGUUUAUAGUAAAAGUACAUUUUUAAAAACGUACUUACAACUUGCUUACUACCCAAAAAUAAUGUUUUCCUGGGUGUUCUAAUGUGAAUAGUGUCUGAGUCCAUUAAUCAAUAGGUAAUAAUCUGAGUAUAACUGUUGCAGCAGUGUCUGAGAUAGAUCUCUCCUUCCUCAUAAAUGUCAGUACUGAUGCAUUACUGAGAAAAUCAAAACUUUAAAUCCAAAAGUUAAACUGCAGGUCUGUAAUAAUAAAUGAGGUGGUAGGACAUCAGGGUAAAUACAUGUGUACCAGAAUUUGUCAGCAGUGAAACUAUGGUGAACUGGGGCCUAUUAGAGUCUUCCAACUGCUUUGGCAGCAGUGAGGUGUUUUGUGCUAAAAAUAGACCAGCUAUUUAUAAGAGUCCCUCUUUCCUCACCCCAUGUAUUUCUUCAGUUUAAAACAGCUUUGUUUUGCAGUAGCGUCAAGUAACCUUAAUAUUGGAGGUCUCAAAGUGAUUUUGUAACAGCUUUUUGACAAGUUUUUUGAUAAGCAUGCACUUCUUUACCUAAAAAUUAUGUGAGUUUUACACAUUAACUUCAGAAUUGAUUAUGUGUUAUAGGAAGAUAAACUAUCUACCCACGUUUUACAGUGCUCAAAGUACAUAGGAUUCCAUAAAUCACAAAUCAGCUCCUGCUGUAACAAGAAAUUAAUAUCCAAGGUCCUUUCUGAAUUUAGUGGCAGGCAGUAAGUACUCAUGCAGAAUGUGUAUGGGUGGAAGUGAUUUUUGGAGGGGUGUUCAUCAGUCAGGCAUUAUGGCACAUGGGGGAGGUCAGAGGAGUCAUAUUUCCCUCACUGCUCAAAGGCAAAUGAGAUUUUGGUGCUCAGUAGUUGUUGCAUUUUUGGGGCUGGACAGCAGUGGAGCUGUUCUGACAAACAGAAUAAGCAGAAUAUAAUGUAGCAAAAACCACAGAGUUCUCACAUUAAAGAUUGUGGGGAAGUACUAAUAUUUUGCAUACUUCCAUCAUGGACCUCAUAGUUUUAUCAGAGUUAAUAGCUACUAAACACUUUGACACACAUUUUGCUGCUUUACACCCACCUCUGCUGCUAAGCAGUGCCUCAAUUAGUAUCUGUUAGAGUUAAGAGGAGGAAAUGGACUAACAUUUUUAGAAUUUUCACUCUCAUGCUAAUGGAAGUUUGUCACUUUAUGUAUACAAAUGCAAACAUAUAUAUAUUAAAAAUUAUAAAGAGCGGCAUCCUCAAAGCUGAAGUACAGGUUGAAAAUAACAGAUACUACCUUGGUCAAGUAGGUUAAACACGUAUUAAAGCUCUUCACUGAUUAAUACUGACUGCCUGUAUGCUAGUAUUGGAUUCUUGUAAUUAUCAAGAGUUCUUUUUAAAAUACUGUGUGCAAUGUGCAGCUGAAAGAUUUGUCACAAAGGUACUCUUAAAUCAUGAUCUGCAGAAUUGUUUUUGAAGUGUGGAUUUUUUUGGUCAAAAUGUAGCAAAACCAAUCAUAAAAAUACCAAAUGAAAUAUAUUAUCAAAUUUGCUAGCCACUAUGUAUUGUUAAUAUAUUUUAUAUUUAUAUUAUACAGUUUGAGAAAUGUUGGUACCACACAUGCCUCUGUUGAGCAUUUACUUGUUUAUCUUCUAACUGCCUAAGUACAUUUUUCUAUAUGUAUUUAAAACAUUGAGUGGAACACUGUUUAUUUCAGUCCCACAGAUGCACUUAAGAUUCUGCAUGUAUAAAGUGUAUUCUACAUGCCUCUGUAAAAUGCCAUGCUGGGUAUGCUGAAACAACUUGCAUGUGAAGAGCUCUCACCAUCUCUAAGUGUGGUGGUUGUUCCAAUGGGUGAAAGGCAGUAGAAUUUCAAAUGCUUGUUUUGAAAUAAAACAAUAAAUUCUAAGAUGCA